UCUUUAUUUAUUGAUUUUUGGUUAAUUUAAUGGCCUAUUCAAUAAUAUAUAAUACUGCAUUAAAAAUAACUCAGUUUUACCGAAAAGAGUGAACUGCAAUGAUAAUAUUUUCACUGUUGCUUUUUGGUUUAAUUUUCAAUCCCAAGUUUUCCUAUGGAAAGCAAUGGAAGAAUGAGGGAAAAUGUGGGUUGGCCUUUUCUUACCGUAUUGUCGGUGGCUCGUUGGCAAAUAGUGCAAAGUAUCCCUGGAUAGCUCGUUUGGGGUAUAAAACUAAAACAAAGGGACGAUAUUUAUAUUUAUGUGGAGGUACUUUGAUAAAUAAGGACUUCAUUAUAACUGCGGCACAUUGCCUAGAGUACGAGGACAAAACCUUAGAAAUUGUUCGUUUGGGAGAAACAACGAUUCAUUGUGCUACACCCAGCUGUGAAGAUCCCAGAGUUCAGCAGGUUUUCGUAAAAAAAACAUACAAACAUCCAGAAUUCAGUACAUCCACUGGUUUUGCCGACAUAGCUUUGUUGGAGUUAGGACAUCCCGUUAAAUAUACAGCCUUUGUGCGUCCGAUCUGUCUCAUAAAUCGCCAUCUAGCCGAAGAGGGUAAAGAAGGCAUCGCUGCAGGAUUCGGCAUGGAAAACUACAUCACUCGAGAGCGACCAGAAGGUCUGAAAGAACUCACGAUGAAAGUCAUCCCCGGAGAGCAGUGCAAAAAACGUUUUCCCAAGUCCGACUUCAAAUCGAAGAAUUACAUUUGCGCUGGCGGCAAGUCAGGAGAGGAUACAUGUAAUGGAGACAGUGGCGGGCCGUUCAUGAACGUGUACAAUUUCCAGAAAGGGCCCAGGAUGUACUUGAUAGGGGUCAUCUCUUUCGGCUCUACCAAAUGCGGAGUGGGGGUGCCUGGGAUAUUCACAUCGGUCCAUUUCCACUGGAACUGGAUACUGAACAAUGUGUUGAAAUAGGAGAACUGAGCAUUAAACCGAAAUUGUGAUUA